GGACAAAUCUUUUUCCCCACUGUCAGGUAGCUGAGAGGGAAUUUGUUUGUCCAAAGAACUAGUAGACAUGGAUAUGGCAGACUAUAGCGAUGCCCUGGACCCAGCCUACACCACCCUGGAGUUUGAAAACAUGCAAGUGCUCUCCAUGGGCUCAGACUCCUCGCCGGCUGAGAGUGCCAACAUGAAUGCAGCCAACCACCUCGGAGCGGGCACCCUGUGUGCCAUCUGUGGGGACAGGGCCACGGGCAAACACUAUGGGGCCUCCAGCUGUGACGGCUGCAAAGGCUUCUUCCGUCGGAGCGUUCGCAAAAACCACAUGUAUUCAUGCAGGUUCAGCAGACAGUGCAUUGUGGACAAAGACAAGAGGAAUCAAUGCAGAUACUGUCGAUUGAAGAAAUGCUUUCGAGCUGGCAUGAAAAAAGAAGGUAUACAAUUCAUUCAACUUCAUUCAAAUGCUGUACAAAACGAGAGAGACAGAAUCAGCACUAGGAGAUCUAGCUAUGAAGACAGCAGUUUACCAUCUAUCAAUGCUCUUAUCCAGGCAGAUGUACUCUCAAGACAGAUAUCCUCACCUGGACCUAUACUGAAUGGUGACAUCAGGACAAAAAAGAUAGCGACCAUCACAGAUGUGUGUGAAUCAAUGAAACAGCAGCUGCUGGUGUUGGUGGAAUGGGCCAAGUACAUCCCUGCGUUCUGUGACCUGCCACUGGAUGACCAGGUGGCAUUGCUGCGAGCCCAUGCAGGAGAGAAUCUUCUGAUUGGAGCUGCAAAGAGGUCUAUGUUGUACAAGGACCUCCUGUUACUAGGAAAUGACCACAUUAUUCCCCGGAACUGCCCGGAGAUGGAAGUGUCCCGGGUAGCAGUGAGGAUUCUGGACGAGCUAGUGCUGUCCUUCCAGGAACUCCAGAUAGAUGACAAUGAAUACGCUUGUUUGAAAGCCAUUGUUUUCUUCGAUCCAGAUGCCAAAGGUCUGAGUGACCCAGGUAAGAUCAAGCGGAUGCGGUACCAGGUUCAGGUCAGCCUAGAGGACUACAUCAACGACCGGCAGUAUGACUCCCGGGGACGCUUCGGAGAGCUGCUCCUGCUGCUGCCCACACUACAAAGCAUCACCUGGCAGAUGAUCGAACAGAUACAGUUUGUCAAACUCUUUGGCAUGGCCAAGAUUGACAACCUGCUCCAAGAGAUGCUCUUAGGAGGUUCUGCUAAUGAGGCACAUCACACACCUCACUCUCUGCAUCCACAUCUGGUUCAGGAACACCUCAGCAACAAUGUCAUCGUUUCAAGCAACAUGGCUACUUCCAUCCACAAUGGCCAAAUCUCCACUCCUGGAACCCCAAUCCCCUCUCCUCCCACAGCCUCCAGUUCAGAACACUAUAAGAUGGCUCAAGGGGUUAUAGCCACUGUGCCCAAGCAUCCUAUCUCCAUCCCUCAGCUCACCAUCACCAAGCAAGAAGCCAUCUAACACAGAACUGGACCCCACAAACCCAUCCGACAAAGCAUUUACAAUUUUACCAUCUUCGCUAGCAUCUCUGUUUCUCUGUAAACAUGCUCAGUAUAAAGGUGCAACAACAAUUCUCACAUGUGAGAAAUACAUAUUUUCAAAAAA